AUGAGUAAUCGCCUAAUGCAGAUUGCAGUCGCAGAUACUGCGCCUCCGCUAUCAGCGGACCAGUGCUUGACGCGGCGAGUACUGGCGACUCACCUGGCGAACCAACGGCUAUUUUCGGAUACUUCGCAAAAGAAGACCCCUGCAGAUAUGCCGAGGACUAUAAAACCACAAGUUAUACCGUUAGAUUCCCUUCGUCUGAAAUCUAAAGUGAAAGACUUAUGCUACAACUGCAAUGGUUCACGACUGUUCUUAGCGUCGCGCGAAGGUUUGACCGUAUUGGAUUCUAGCACAUUAUCGCCACAUGUAACACUUAGUGUGAAGUGCCUCCGUGUGUUGACGCACCCUAUUAAGGCGGAUAUCUUCGCCUUGCUUGUAAUGGAAGGCACUGAGAAUCUACGGCCAUGCGUGAAGAUAUUCUCACUGGCAGCUACUGCAGGGCUGCCGCCAAUACUUAAAGCCACCAUAUGGAGCGGAGUGGAGGAUGCAUGGUACUCUGGUGCGUGGUCUACUGAUGGCAGCGUAAUAGCCGUCGUUGACCGUGGCGACCAUUUGCAACGAGUUGAUGUAAGCGACCCGAAGGACUGCGAGCUUCCUUCAUCAUCGGUUGUGGCCCUUCAGUCAGAAGUGUAUGGAUUAAUUUACACUACAGAUGCUUUGGUAGUACAGAAAGUUGACGGAUGCAUAGAUAUACUAGCGUCGGAUUUCUCUCUGAGGUCGUCAGAGCAGAUUCAUUCGCACAUCGUUCUUGCUGCUGCAUAUAACAGAGACCGUGGACUACUGGCUACUGGAGGAAGCGAUCACACAGUGCAUCUGAUUAGCUGUGAAGAUGAUUACACAUGUGUGGGUACAUUUCCAGGCCUUGAGGGUAAAGUAAGCAGUGUUAGCUUUUCCUUCGAUGGUACACUUCUCGCCUGGGGCACGAAGGAUACCAUUUUCGUGGGCACAGAUGACGCAGGAGGGUCAGAUGGAGCCCCUACAGAGGAAUAUUACUUGACAGUGGCUGGUACUGAUCCUUGCGAGAUAUACUUACAGAUUCGCAUGCCAGGGGCGGUAUCUCAUGUACAGUUUUGCCCAGAUAGUUAUACUAUCGCUUACGCUUGUGACCUCGACACAAUACCCAAGGGCUCUGGAACAUCUAUGUCACUAGGACUAUUGCGUCUGUGCUGA